AUUUGAACCUCAAUUCUAUCAUUAAACCUGACAGCUGAACGUGGCAUUUCACUCUUUUCGAAACUGUUGCCUUCGUAAGGAAUAAAUACGUGGUUAUAUAUAUUGAUGUAGAUGUUGUUUUCAAUAUUAAUUGCAGACGAAAGCAAUGGUAUCAAAGCUUUAUUCGAAUUAAACUCUAGAGGGAAGACCGUUCUAGUAUUAGAUGGCUUCAGAUACAGGGUGAAUGGAUUCACCGGUGACAAGGUGCGCUGGAGGUGUACCAGCCACAGCAAGUUCGGAUGUCGGGCUAUAGCACACACGGUCCAGGAUAGAGUUAUUUACUUGAUCAAUGAACAUGUCAAGACAUGGCCGGACAGGAACAAGUUGAAGGUGAAAGAUCAAAGCGAGGACGAGUACUGAUGAA